AUGUCGAUAGUUAACAUCUACAUUCACGACGAAAAUAUCUACAACGUCGAGAAGAAACCGCCCGAAAAGCCACCGAAACCGCCGCUCUACCAUUCCCGCUUCGAGCACCAGGUCCGGCAGGAGACUAAAUCGUCCAAGGAUGCCCACCGCACGAUGGGCUUCUCGAAGAUUCCACUGCCCGGUCCGAACGAAUUUCUGAAGAAAAACUGCGGACCACGCUAUCGGGCAACCAAGUCUGCCCCGGUACGGCUCUGCACCAGCCACAAACCGCCCGUUCCGAAACCGAACGAAUCGCCCACGUGCCAGGUGCUGAAGAUGGUCGAUUUUAAAAAGGAAAACAUCAAAAAGGUCGUUGCGGCCAAUCCGAAGAAAGGCCGGCCCCGGUACGCCGAUACGCGCAAGGGAGAUUUUCACGAUCUGGAAAGAUCGGGCCUGAUGCCGAUCUACAUGUGUCGGCCCAAGUUUGGCAAAGUGCCUCAGUAUUUAAUGCGCAGGAAGAAGGAUCUGGCCGCACAGAAAGAGCGUCUGAUGGAGGAUUGCGCCCAGCAGAAGCCACGCUGUACGUACAUAUCGCAGGAGGAACGUGUGGAGCUGUUGAAGGGUCUGAAGAAAAAUUGGGAAAAGCUACAGCAGGAGUAUCAGAGCCUUCCGCUGCUGACGGACACGGUACCGAAGAUGAUACGCAAGGCAAAGCUGGAAAAUAAUUUGAAACAAUUGGAGAAGGACAUUCUAACAAUCGAAAACAACCCCUACAUCUACCUGUGCGACGAAGAGCACAAGGACACAUAA